UGGCGCCGGCGUCGGUUUAGGUAAACGGAGCGUGCAACUGCGGGUCUUUUGUCUAUCCCCGAAGCUGUUACGGCGGCGCAGACAAUAUAUGACCGCCGCCCGUGCACAGCGGUUGCUACCACCGCCCGCCCGACGCCCGCAACGACCCUAGCGGUCUUGUUCCGGAUCCUCUUCUCCAUCUGCUCUCGCUCCCGCCUCGGUCUCUGCCUCGGUCUCUCUCGCUAUCCUUGUUUAUCCGUGCACUGGUCCUUCCAUCGACGUCCUAUAAAGCCUCGGAUUCAAUAUGUCUACGACCGCCACCAUCCGCUUCCCCCCGCCGCCUCCGACGCGCAACGAGCUGACGAGCGAGCAGCGCGCGAAGCUCAUCCGCACGAACAACAAGCUGGGACAGGUGCUCGGCAGCACGCCUCACGUACUCGACCUCACAUAUAGAGUCCCUUUGCAGCGUCCGCGCGAGGCAGAGCCUCCCCGUCCGAAGACCCCCACCUCGAUGAAGAACCCGUUCAGGACGCACACCCGCAGCAAAUCCUCCCCGAAGGUCGACAUGGACGCCCUCCGCGCGAUUAGCCCCGACUCCAUCUCGUCGAGCAGCUCAGGGUCGUCACGCAGGUCCUCUAGCAGUGUCCGCUCUAUCGCGGAUAACGAGCAGUCGUGGCGCAGCCCGUACCCGGCACGGCGCCCCCCGCUCCUCAGGCUCUCUACGCCCACCAGCUCCCGGAAGCCCACGCUGGAGACCAUUCCGGGCUCCCCGCCAUCGGACGAGAUCGCGUUCACAAUAUCGGACGCGCCUUCGUUCUCCAUCCCGUCGGACGCAGCGGUUCGCCGCGAGAAGAUGCGCCGUCUGCGGAGACGGCUAGGCGAGAACGUGCCGACGGACCUCGUCUUCCCGUCUUCCCCAGAGGAGUCCGAUUCCGAGGAGGACUCACCGCUGCUCUCAACGCCCACGUCGACCGCGAGCCGCGAGUGGCUGCUCGUGCACAAGCCCCUCCCGGACGAGCCGUACGUGACCUCGACGUUCGAGCGCGCGCUGCCGGAGCUCGAGCGGCCUCUGCCGAAGGUCCCUACGGCGAUGGAGUCGCUGCGCGCGCGGCACCGGCUGUUCAAGGAGCGGCCGAAGGACAAGCCAUCGAAGGGUGCGCAGCGCCUCGAGAGCAUCGCGGAGAACUCCAAGGAUGCCGUCACUGGGGACCACAUCAUCUGCGUCGGCGUCACGGCUAGUGCGGGUAUGCACGGCAAGGGCAAGUCGCGGCGAUUUGUCCAGGGCGAGGUGUCGCUCGACCAGAUCGGCGGUGCUUGGGGUGGCUUCGGCAUUGGCUGGUGAUUCGGAGACAAGAUCGUUGCCCGCGUGGCGGAGCUGGCUCCUCGCCGGGCAUGGUUCAGAUCGUUGCAGGUGUGUGUGCGGUGUUGUGGUGUUCCAGUUUGUUUCUUUCCGUCGUUCGGGACCGUCUUUCGGUUGUGCUGUGUUGACGUUUGCUUUCUGCACGAGCCAUUGUAUCAUAUGAGCCAAAUUAAGUGCACCAUGUAUCGUAGGACUCAUGUAUACUCACCUUCAUGUAUACAAGACGUGUAGCCUGUAUGUUUUAUGCACCGAAUGAAUCAUGCCGUUAUGCACC